CUGCUGGACGCCGACCAUCUCUUCCGUCGACAUCCUCGGCCUUUCCCACGCAAUAACUAUGAGCGCGCACGACAUCGAGACCGACUCGCCGCACUUUUCGCUCGCCGCGUACGAGCGCGCGGUGGAGACGCGGAGUGACUUGUCCAUAGCCGUCCGCGAACUCGACAAGUGCAUCAACAACCCGACCGAGCUCGCUCGGGUCUACAACGGCAACGGCGUCGACGUCAACCGCACCGCGCUCUUUGUGACGCUGCAGUCGUCGUCGCAGCAAGGCUCGACCGACACAGCCACCAAGAAGCUCCUCGAACAUUCGGUCAUGCGCGAAGUCAUUGCCCUCAAGUGGCAGCGCUUCGGCCUUCGCAUGUACAUGGAGCAGCUGCUCAUGUACUGCCUUCUUUUGCUCUCGAUGACGGUGGCCGUGUCGAUGCGACCCGGCGGCGAUGCGUACCCGACGCAACUCCAAGCAUGGCUGUACAUUGGCAUCCCGCUUCUCAUUGCGCUGAGUGCGUCGCCGUGGUUCACGUACGAGCGCCGGGCAUCGUGGCGCGCGGCGACCGCGGGUAUCAUUUGCAUCGCGCUUGCCGUGACGCUCUCGAUGCGCGAGUCCCUCCACGUGGUCCAUUGGGCGCUGUUCACCAACUUCAACACGGUCGUUGUUGGGCUCACGGGACUCUAUUUUUUGCGCUUUGAGCUCAACGAAAUGUUUGGCGAAGUCGCCGAGCACAAUAGGCUGUUUGACUGCGGUUUCCACAGCCUCAGUCCGCGCUCGCAAAAGGUCCUCUACUACGUCAUCUUUUGCCCCUUCUCGGUCGUCUAUCAGUUUGCCGUCCUCUUGGUCGGCGGCGACACGGCCAAGUACUUUGACUCGUUCUUCAACUGCGUGCAGCUGCCGACGUUUUCGUCGGUCCUUGUCUUUGCCGUGUACGAGCUCAUCGGCGAUGCCGACUUGACGCUGCGGCUCUACUGCGGCAUGGUGCUCAACAUGCUGCUUUGGAUCCUCGGCCUUCAGUACCUCGAGGUCCAUGGCACCGCCGGGUACCUCAUCCCGAUGAUGCGCGGGCUCCUCCGCGACGUCUUCCGGUUCCUCGCGUUCUACUGGCCGUUCCAGUGUGCGUAUGCGUGCGGGUAUUUCUUGCUGUUUCAAGACACGGACGAAGAGACGUACAACACGCUCUGGCGCGCCUUUGUGACCACGUUCCUCGUCAUGCUCGGACAAAUCGAGCUUGAUCCGUUUGAGAACCUCCCCGACACGUCGUCCUACGUGCUCGGCUACACGCUGCUGCUGACGCACGCGACGAUCGUCAUGGUGAUGCUGCUCAACGUGCUCAUUGCCAUCAUGACCAAGACCGUCGACGGCGGCCUCGAACUCGCGAAGCUCGAGGCCCUUGUGAGCUUUGCCGAGUGUGUUCUUCGAAGCGAAAAAACUGCGGGCUUGACGCCGAUCGCGGCUGAUGGGCCUGGUGAUCACACGGCGCUCCUCUCGGCGACGGGCGACAUUGGCUUCAUCUCGGACGACCUCGGGUCGCCGUCGUCCAGUGAACGCCUCGACCAAAUCGAACAAACGCUCGCCGAAGUCGUCGCGCUGCUCAAGGACAUGAAGCGCCGCCCGUCCGUGUACUAGACCAACGAGGAUACUAGUAGCGUGGCGCGUGUAUGACAUGGAUGUGUGAUGCGUCGAGAUGAAGAACGUCGAUGCUUUAGGUCACGCAGAGCGCACCGAGUCCUUGUAGCUACAGCUAGCUCCUCUGUAACUCGUAGCAAGGGUCAACACAGACGGUCCAUGGACCCUUGCUCGCAGAGUUGGUUUGGCUUUGAGGUAUCAAUAAGAUGCAAUUUGAAAACUGAGCUCCGACAAAC